AUCACUCGCUUGACGUUUACUUUUUACUUGACUCUUUAUAUGUCUUUUUAUGUCACAUUUUAUAUGUAGCGGCGUUUAUCUCAUCGUAUCUUGAUCAGUACCGAGUCUAUUAGCCUGAUAGCUAACAGCGUUCAGAUAUCAACACAGCCUACGUGUUGAACAAACUACGAAAUAUGACCCUGCAAAGUACAUACUGAUCUCGUUCACUUAUAAAUGAACCAAAUUAAAACGUACUUCGUUAUGUUUGGUUAGUCUGGUACAGCAUGCUUUCACGUACUCAUUGUAAAGAUGAAUGUGGGCGUUGCUCACAGCGAGGUGAACCCAAACACCCGGGUAAUGAACAGCCGGGGCAUCUGGCUGGCCUACCUGCUGCUGACCACUGUCCUGCAUGUAGUCUUACUCAGUAUCCCCUUCCUCAGUGUGCCCGUCGUAUGGACCCUCACCAAUGUCAUACACAACCUGGCAAUGUAUCUGUUUUUGCACACGGUCAAAGGCACUCCGUUUGAGACCCCUGACCAGGGCAAGGCGCGUUUGCUCACUCACUGGGAACAAAUGGACUACGGAGUUCAGUUCACAUCAUCCAGAAAAUUCCUCACCAUCUCACCUAUUGUACUGCACAUUCUGGCCAGCUUCUACACCAAAUACGACACUGCCCAUUUCCUAGUCAACACAGGCUCACUACUAACUGUCAUCCUUCCCAAAUUGCCUCAGUUUCACGGCGUUCGCCUGUUUGGCAUAAACAAAUACUGAUCUUACACUUCACCCCCUAGAUGAAGGGGAGAAAGCAUCAUGGAGAUGAGAUGACUGAUGUUUGUCCUACUGAUGCUUCUGUGGUCCACAGCCUCAAGGCCUUAAGGAACCAAAACUGCACUGGACUCAAGUAUACGUAUUUAAAAAAAGGUCUUUCAGGCUCAGGUUUAUUCAAUAUGUGGCGUUUUAUUCUUAUGUUAGGUCUGUCUCUAUUUCUCUAUUUCAUCACAUUGGUCAUUAUCUGCUUAAAUCAACGUUAUUAUGGUUAUAUUUGCAUAAGCCUGUUUCUUAGUAUAAGCGCUGUCAUUGUCAAGUCAAAGGAUAGAAAGAUGACAGUAUUAAAUCAUUAUAUUAUUCAAACAGGCAUGUAGCAUUAUUACAUGUCUGAUCCAAAUCUUUUUUUUCUUCUUUACACUGCUUAUCUAGAGUCUUAUGUUGAAUGCUGUUUUGAUUAUAAAUUAUUCAUUUCAUUUGCUACAAAAAUGCACAACAUGGAUGUGUGAUAUUGUCUGAAUGUGAUAUGGUAAACAGUCUACUGUAUGAAGUUCAUUGUUCAACGGUAUACUUUAGUGAACUUUUAACGGGUUCGAUUAGAGAUCGUUGAAUUUCUUUAUUUAUUCAUUUAGUUGCUUUCAGUGUAAUGAAGCAUUCCUAUUCGACAUUAUUGCCAUGCUCAAUUGUGUGGGAACAAUUGUCUUUUUUUUAACAUGUGUACAGGUUUAAGAACCAAGUCUUAUUGUGUUGCACUCUUAUAAUUAAAAUGCAUUCAAACUUUAAA